CCUACCAAUGCCUCGCAUCUUGAACGCGCAUUCUCUUCGCCUACGCCAGCGACAUCCGCUAGAGUCUGCAAUCCCUUGACUGCAAGUAUCUACGCGCAGUGUUUGAUGAUGCGCUUGUUGCCCUCUUCUGAUUCUGCAGUCUCUGGCACUGCCUAUCAAUGAAAUGAUUCGAGUUCACUUCCAUCGAAAUUUCAGAAGAGUGACGUAGUUUUGUACCUUCUCGUUGACCUAGUAAGUCUCGUCUCAUCAUGCGUGGGGGAGAUACAGCAGGCUGCAGGACAUACAAGAGAACAAGGUAAUGGCUGUCCCCUAUAUUCUCUGCUAGCUAUGCUGUGCUCGCUUGAACCUUCAAGUUGCUGAGCUGAUGGGAGACUCCAAGUAGUUAUGUCGGAUGAUUGCGUAGAAAGAUGUCAUGUCGGACGCCUACUUCCCAUAUGUUCAGCCUCGAAAGUAUCCACCAUGCACAGCCCUGUCGUCGCACCAAAGGUGUUAGUGCGAUGCGUGCCCUGAUGUCUCCUGAUCUAAACCCUGGCAGUAUGUCACUGACUAGUACUAUUGCGCUAUUUGACGAGCGACAGACAGGGCUGUCGAAUACCCUACUUGUUAAGCGAUUCGGAAUGUAGUUAAACAAGAGACUAAUGGCAGUAUUAGUGGGUUUUCAGGCAUCUUAAACAGUGUCGCUCUCCUCCGAUAUUCCGACAUCGCUCCACAAUCGGUAAUUAGCUAAAGCGCUAGAUUCAGCCCUACAGUGACAGAAGAUAUCCACUUUCGUGGCUCAAUUGAUUGCCUUAUACAUCAUGAUUGUUGAUAUAAAAGUUGCUUGAGUUUCUUAGAGUUCAAAAUUCUAUUAUCAGCAUCCAUACAUUCACUUGUUCAUUCAUUCAUUCAUCCAUUCUUUCACACAACCAUUCUAAACAUGAAAUUCUCUCUCGCUACUGUGGCUCUGGUCAGCCUUCUCCAAAUCACCAGCGCGCUUCCCACGGAUUCGGAGGCAAACUCUGUCAUUCCCGUCAAUGCUGCCACCAAGGAGGUCCUCGAAGACUUUGACGAGGCCAAAAACUCCACUCUCGAAGACCGCGGCUUUUUCGAUAGCUACGAGUGCAAGACAGCCUACGUGCUCAAGAUGUUCAAGUCGGGGAGAUGCGAUGGAAAGAGCACCAGGAUCGAUAUGGUAAACUAUCCGCUGUCAAAUGAGUUCUUCGAGAACAAAGGCAGAUGCGAGGAUAUUACCAGCAAGUCGGAUAUGCUGAGUGCAACUCUCAACACUGAUCUCAACACUUUGCGAGUCAUGUACUACAGUGAGCCCGGCUGCCCUAAAAAGGCGGAAUACCGGAAGUCGAAUGGAAUUGGUGGCUUAUGCACUUCACUGUUCGACAACAAAGCCAUACUUGACAAGAAACCUAUCAAGUCAAUGAAGAUUUACCAGUACAAGAAGGACGAGAAGUGCCGCGCCAUUUACAAGAACGGUAUUCCUGGAGGCGGACUCUGAUCAAAGAAUU